AUGGAAGUCUUACGCCCACAGCUUAUAACAAUUGAAGGACGAAUUUACAGGAAAAACCUCAUCCUAGAGCAGACCAAUCACCAGGAAGAGGAGGAUGAAGAUUUCUAUGCAGGUGCCGUGGAGUGUAUAGAUGAGCCUUGUGACCAUUAUGUGGUGGAACAAACAGACCGAGGUUUCCGGUGUGCCGUCGAGGUCCCCAGCGCUCUCUUCAAGUAUAUCAUUGGGAAGAAAGGAGAAACCAAGAAGAGACUGGAAAUGGAAACCCGAACUUCCAUCAGCAUUCCCAAGCCUGGAGUGGAGGGAGAAAUUGUAAUAACAGGACAACAACGUGCUGGCGUCAUUUCAGCCCGAACUCGGAUCGACGUGCUGAUGGAGAGUUUCCGCAGAAAGCAGCCCUUCACCCACUUUCUCUCCUUCCCCCUCAACCAAGCCGUGGUCCAGAAAGGGUUCUUGGAGUUCCAGGAAAAGGUCCUGGAGAGCUGCUCCAAGGAUCGUGGGGUCAACAGUUGCCUCUUCCAGAAUCCGGAGAAACUUCACCUGACCAUCGGGACCCUAGUGCUCUUGAAUGAACAGGAGAUUCAGCGGGCACAAGACCUACUACAGCAGUGCAAAGAAGAGUUUAUCAACCAGAUUGCUGGAGGCAAAGCUCUCCCGGUAAAGAUGGCAGGGGUAGAAUAUAUGAAUGACGACCCCAGCAUGGUCGAUAUCCUUUACGCCAAAGUACACAUGACGGAUGGCUCGAACAGGCUGCAGCUGAUAGCUGACCAACUGGUGGAACGGUUUGUGGCCUCAGGGCUGAUGCUGAAGGAAUGGGAUAAGGUGAAACUCCACGCUACUAUCAUGAACACGCUCUUCAGGAAAGACCCCAGUGCUGAAGAGAAGAGCCCCUUCCUUGCAACUAAACCUGGCCUGAAGGAGAGAGAAUCGUUUGACGGCAGAAACAUACUAAAGCUCUUCGAGAACUUCCCCUUUGCAGACUUGCAGCUGAAUUCAAUUGACAUCUCUCAGAGGUUCUCCACAGACAGCUCUGGUUACUACGCUUCUUCUGGACAAAUUGACUUCUCCUGAGGCGGCCUGCCAAACCCUGUGAAUGGUGCCUGGUUUUCCAAGACGCUAUUGCCUGAUUGGGGAGGGGACUGUCUCACUUUCUUUACCCAAGGCCUUCAGGAGUGCUGGGAUAUUGGGACUUUGGAGUGCUUCCCAGGGCUUAAUCCUACUCGUGCUUCUAGCCCUAGCUUCUCAAACACUCGUAAAUGCUGCCUUCAGUUCUAAAGCCCUGUGAUAGCAAUAUAUCUAACACUUCCCUCAAGGAUUUCCAAUUCCCCAAAUUUCCUAAUCUGAAUUGAUGUUCCUAACCCUCUCAUGAAAUCCUCUUUGCUGUGUUUUGACCCUUCCCCACAAGGCUCCUUUCACCCCGGCAUUGAGAACCUCUUUUUCAAAACCCCAUCUUUGACAAGACUUGGAUUCAUUUUUCACUCCAACCCCACCCACCCAUUAUGCCUUUCUGCUGUUCGGCGAGGCUAGUUCAGGUAGCUGCACCUCCCUAUCCAGAAUAAACACUUGCUCCCAUUGGAGACCCUGCUUUUCCCUUCAAAAUGUCUCAGUGGUUCUCUUCCUUUAGGUUGCUGACCUUCAUAGUCUCUGAAUAGAUGUUGGGGGUAAAAAGCAUCAUCAGUGGUAUUUAUUGAGCAUUUACUGUGUGCAGAGCACUGUACUAAAUGCUUGGGAGAGUGCAGUACAUGUUGGAGGUUCAGGGGCCCAUGUGUUUAAAAACUUGGCUACUACCCCACUUUCUCAUUUCCAGUUACAUUUUGCAGAAUAAGAGCCGCUUUGUUCUAGUGCUCCUAGCUUUUCUUAUCUGUUCUGUUAUUUUCAUCUCUCUGGUUUUCUCUUUCAUUCUAUCCUUCCCACUUUAAUCUGUGACCUCCUGUUACUCUCUGAAGUCAAAGGUUUUGUUUUUUAUAACUGUUCCCACUAGAAUAUGUUAACUUCAAUGAUUACAUUUCUUUCCUCAGUAUACAUUUGUCACAUCUUCAUCUUCCCCUGUGUGCCCAAACCCAUGCCACUAAUGGAGCCGCUUUGAAUUUACUUCUCUGGGCAGCGGCAGCAGUGGAGGCGUUGAUGAUAUCAGCAAAAUUAGGUCCCAUUUCCUGGGAGGUAAUCAGCUCUGCAACUUGUUUUCCUUCUUGCCUCAGCCCUGCAGAGAGAAGCCUACUUGUGACUGGGGUUUUGUUACACCACAUGUAUUUCUGUGUUUUCUUUUUCUUUCUCCUUCCUUCUCUCCCUUCCUCCCUCGCCUCUCUUCCAGUGAGUUCAGUUUUGCCCCUGGUUUGACAAGGCCCCUGCAAUGUGAAGAAUGUGUUUACCAUUGAGAGAUGUGUUUACUGAUGUGGUUCUUCAGAUCUCGAUCAAAUAAAUUCAUUUCCAAAACUGAAA